CGCCUUUGGGUACAUUAAUAAUGGAGCAUUGCGGUGAAGCGUAGCUCGUAGUGCAGAAGGCCCCUUUCAAAGCUCGCCACUUGGUGCUCAACGAUGGCGUUCAAAACUCUGCGUCGGGCCCUGAGCCAGCUGUUGCUGGUGACGAUCGGCACAUGCCUGGGCCUCUGGAUGUGCCUGAAGAUCGGCGUGCAGCUUCUGUUCAAAGGGAAAUCUAUACUGACGCCCAAACAGCGUCCUGAAGAGCCGAUCUGUCUACGCGAUCCUGCCUUGGGAUCACACGAAUUCGUCUCGUUGGAGGAGGAUGUGACAUUGCACUAUGUGUCAGCUGGCAGCCGUGACAGCCCGCUAAUGGUGUUCCUGCAUGGCUUUCCAGACACGUGGUACACCUGGGAGAAGCAGAUACGGCACUUCCAGAAGGAUUACUGGGUGGCAGCUGUGGACAUGCGAGGCUGUGGGCUGUCCAGCAGGCCCCAGCAUGUCGAGGACUACCUCUUGUCUCGAUUAGUCGACGAUGUCAAGGAGCUCAUUUUGUCAUUGGGCCGGAAGAAGGCGAUUGUGGUGGGCCACGACCUAGGCGGCAUGAUAGCCUGGGUGCUGGCCACUAAGCACGAGGACAUGGUUGACCGCCUGGUGGUCAUCAACGGCCCUCAUCCACUGGCCUUCCGCUACCAGCUGGAGAACAGCUUUGCACAGAUGCUCAAGUCGUGGUACAUGGUGAGCUUCCAGAGCCCCAAACUGCCCGAAGCAGUGCUCAAGGCAAACGACUUUGAGCUCAUCGACAAAGCUCUUGGACCAUCACAGGCGGAUGUCAAGGAAGUUGUAAAGCAUUCUUUCUCACAACCAGGGGCCGUGACUGCGGCCAUAAACUACUAUCGUGCCCUGUGGCGAAAAGACGAGCGCCUCCGAGAUCUGCACUUCCGCUACCUCAACACUCCGACGCUCAUCGUGUGGGGCCAGCGGGACCCCUACCUGACGCUCAAGCUUGCCCAACUCAGUAUCCUACAGGCUUUCGGCCGUGUCGAGUACUUGGCCGAUGCGGGACACUGGGUGCACAGGGAGCGAGCCGAACGGGUCAACGACCUCAUGCAGCAGUUCUUCAAGAACACCGAGGCCCUCUGCUAGAAUCUCAACACUACGGGACGUUUUCUGUGCGAGUGCAUAGUUGGUAACGGAAGAGUGGUGUCAUUUGCAGACAGUUCUGGGAUUCUUCAAACAUCUAGCAUCACUGUCCGUAACUUACUGAAGAGAUGUGAUUCAUUUGGAUGCAGCGUGUGCCAGUGUAUAAGUGUAGGCCUGCCACUACAACUCAGCGAUAGUCUCUAUCAUCUGAAAUUGUCUCUCUGAUUGAAAGUGUGGUUAGCAGACAGUUCGGACCAUAUAUGCGUGUUGUUUGAUCUAAUGGGUUGCAGACAAACUUUGCUGGUGCAGAGUCUGAGGUGUGUGCAGCCUUCUGACAGUUUUACUUUCUUACGGUCAGCUGCAAGUGGUCUCUACAAAUUUCUUGAUAAGCGUCAUAGGUAUUGGUGCCAUGUUUCUGUGUGGUGCAUGUCAGAACCUAAACUAGUGCAGCUAUUUUUGGCUGCCGUCUAUAAAUUUAGAGGCUCAUCUUGAAAGAACAAUGAAGGUUGCUCCAUGCACAAAGCAUCCGGUGACUAUUUAUCUUAAUGGGGGCAUAGUUAUUUUCCUUCACCAUAUUUAAUUGUAUAGAACCGUUGAGUAUAUUUAUGUUUUUCAAAAUGUUCUAAUUAUGAGGCACCUGUGGUGUUGGACAAUUUCUAAUAUUAUAUUUAGAUCUUUGUGCCAUUAAGUGACCAAAUAUGUAGUGUGCUAUGUUUGUGUGGGUAACAAUUGAUGUCACUAAUACUGAGUUUUUUCUUUCAUCUCUUUGCUAUUGCAUAUAGUAUGGACUGUUGGACUAGGUAUAGUGGAACCCAUUUAUAGCAAACUCCAAGGGGCCACGAUAACUGGUUGUCGUAUCAGUAGUUCGUUGUUGAUGGACUCUCCCUUAAAAACAUGCACUUAGCGCCCAAGCUGUUUUUUUUUUUCUGUGCAUGUUUAUUAAAAAGUGCUAACAAACUCUCUGGUGACAAGAUAGGCCUUUUUGUGUGUUCAGCCACGUCCGAUGCAUUCACUAGUGCAUGGAACCUCGUUUACAAUGAACUCGUGGCGUUCCACUAAAGCGCGGUAUACUACCACAGGUCAGAACCGAUCGCAUGCAGCACCAUUCAGGUGACGGACCAAAUCUGCAUUUGGAGGCACGGACGCCAUAUGGGUUCACCUCGUUGAUUCCCGUCGUCCACGUGUCUCGCGAACAGAUCAGCCCAAGCUGUUCUUCCCAUCAAGAUUCCGACGACAGAACGCCACAGCUUUUGGCCAACCAGUGGGCUGGCAGCCAGUACACUUUUCAUCUGCUCGAGCCGUACGGCUGUCUUUGUAGUGAAUUUCAGGUCUGCUGUCUUCGCAGUGAAUUUCAGGCCUGUUGGCACUUAGUUCACUUUAUUUCUGGCUUCAUAGUCUAAGACGAUCACCUUGACAUAUCUACACUUUUAAUGAGCGUUAAUUGGCAGGUUGGAGGGUAGCAGGUAAGUUGUUGCUGUAAUCAUUGCAGACACGGGAUUCUGCGGCAGGCAAAGUGGCGAUGUUGCCAAAGAGGUAUUCUCGGAACCCGGCCCUUGUUUGAACACUUAUAUUAAGGUCAAGAUGCGAACCAAGACAAGAGAAAAUAAUGUGCAGCAGUGCAAUGUGCACUCUGGUACCUGUUAUUCGCAAAGAAAAAAAGAAGUGCCGAUAUCAUCUCUCAUCACUGUACUCUCCCUUUCUAUGUGUGGCCCCACAUGCAACAACAGCGCAAGGUUAACCUACAGCAGCAGUGAAGCAAAUUUUUAUUCCCAUACAGCCAUUCCACCAACAACACUGUUUUCAAUGAAACAAUUUACAGUCCUCGAGAAUGCUCAACAAAGCUAAGCGAGCUUGAUAUUUUCUUGGCUCACAUGUUCUUGAAUACUCUCCAACUGGUCUGUUGGUAGUUGGUGCAGGUGAGUGCAGAGGCUGUGGUGGAGAGAAAUCUCUCUGUUCUCAUUUCUGUCGUGUCAAUCCAUUUGAGAUAAGCAGUCCGCGUCCAUGACAAAUCUAGAUUCAGUUUGUCAUCUCGGCUCUGGUUGCAUGCCGGGCCAUUUCCAUUUGCAGUUUAAUGUAUGUGCACUGUUUUGCAUUCUUUGUGCACGCUUCAUUCUUAAUCAUGCUCGGGUACAGCAAAUAGCCUGUUAGUUCAACUCUAUGAAGACAUGCAUUUAGCAAGCAUUGUGUGAGCAGCCUCGCACAAAGUGACAGUGGCGAACUUGCGAACGGCAGCAUGGCGCACAUUGUUGACGAUGAGUAACAGUAGCACGUUCGUUGUCACCGGCCACGAUCGUCUUCGCUCUUUUCUAAUGCUUAUCUAUUAAGACAUCACCGUAACCGCGGAAGUCAUUAUUAUUGAUCGAGCAGUCUCUGUAGUAACCUCUGCAGAAGGCCUUUUGGGGCACUUUGAGGUAUGGGCGAGUUGUGUCACAGUGAACGUUGAUGUGAUAGAAAGUCUCUGCUUCUUGCAUUUGUGGCUUCUUGCAUAUGAAGGCAUUGUUCGGUUAGUAUUUGGCGGUCAUAGAUGCAGAAAACGGCGCCAGAAAAGUUUGCCACAUGAAAUGCGACUGUAAGCCUUCUUGCUACCUCUUACUUUUUUUUUUUCUCUACCGUUUUGCCAUUGAAGAAAUGCCUAAAAGUAAGCGAGCUCAUGCUCAGUGUCUGAAAUGUGCAUGUGGUGCUCGCUGCCAUGGAGUUAAUAUAGCAGACUCUUAAGUAAAAGCUCACUAUAGGGCCCAUGCAUUAAAACCUAUGACCACUCGGCUGCCGUCAUGAUGAAACAGUACUCGGCAUUUGGCUUUAGUGCACUCACGCUCACCACUGCAUGCUGAAAUGACCCCUGGUAUUUUUUGUACUUCAUGGCUCUCAUUUGCAUCGCAGUAAGAGACUGUCGGGUAAAGUCGAGUUGUUCGCUCUUGACAACAAAUAAUACGGACGACGAAACGCUGUAUACGACAUGGCUGACCUGGAAGCAAGCCAGUGCAAUCGGCCGCAUAACCAUGCUCUCAAGUGCUUAUACGGUACGAGAAUGAUGACAUUGUCUAGUGAACAAACCUGGAAACACAGUUUUUUUGGGGGAAGGGCAAUAAAUUUCAUAUAGGGUCAGUGCAUUUGUUAAAAGUACUGUUGAUGUUAACAUCAAAUAAUUUCCAUUCAUUUCUAAUACAAAAACUCUUGUUUACUAUAUAUAUUCCAAGAAUUUGCUCAUAUUCAAAUGCCAUAUUUGGCACUCCUGUAAAUAAAUGUGAUGGCCACAGUGACAACAAACAUGCUUUUCCUUGGUUAUAGCUUGAUCGGUACAGCUUUUCCUCUAGAGUUGGCAUAUAAACUCUGUGCUCGGUACGAACGACUAUAGCUUCGAUGCAAGUAAACUGCAGUGGGGCACACGCAAGCGAGUGCCUGUUAUUUGAUUGUUUUUAUUAACCUUUAUAUGCGCCAUAUUUUUACCGCAACCCUGUCUGUAGUGUUCGUUUUAAAGUAGGAGGCUUUGUAAAAUGUUCACUGUAAGUAGACCAGCAUAGAAAAAUUGUUAGUGCACUAAAAUAUGGUAGUUAUAACGGGUAUAUCAUUAUAUCUGGGAUUGCUAUAAUUAUGUUUGACUAAAUAAUACCAGUGAUCAUGAUUUAUUUUUAAUAAUGCUGCCUUAGGUAUAUUUUAAGAAGUAGAUGAUUCAUAUGAAUAAAAACAUUGUGCAACUGCCAUAA